UCACGGUCACACUGGCAGCGAGACAUUCUGUUCGUGUGUCAUCCGCGUUGCGAUAAUUAUUUUCUUAAUUCAAACGAAACUCUUCCGAAGUGGGCGUGAUCUGCUGGAGCCGUACACCCAGUGGAUAAAUUACAUAAAUUCAAAAUCGAUUUAAAGCGGAGCGUAAAGUGCAGUCCAACGUUUUUAACACCGCGGACGCGUUGCCACAAAUCAUCAGCUUUUCACGGUGGUUUUUCCAGCGGAAAAGUGCAUUUUGGUGUUAAACUUCUUCGGAAAUCGAAUAUAGAUGUGUUUAUAAAUCUACCAAGCGAUAGUGUUUAAUUAACAGCCUCCAAGAUGAGGCCGCCCAGGAGCAAUACGAAAGCAGCAUUUUCCUCGCUUCAGUUUGGAUUGUUAUGCCUCCUAUUGCUGGUCAAUAAUGGCAUUAAAUCGGUGCAAGCAGACGCCUUCACGGACUAUUUCUCCGACUACGAUUGCAACCAGCCGCUGAUGGAAAGAGCCGUCCUCACGGCCACAUCAUCCUUGACGGAAAGAGGACCCGACAAAGCACGACUAAACGCUGGCACCUCGUGGUCCGCGAAGAACUCGGAUUUCGACCAGCGUCUGAUUAUUGACCUGGGCGUGGUGCGGAACGUGACGCACAUCGCCCUGCAAGGACGACCACAUAGCAAUGAGUACGUCACCGAGUACACCAUUAGCUAUGGCAUAACCGAUCUAGAGUUUGCCGACUAUAAAGAGCCGGGCGGCAAUGUCAAGAUGUUCAAGGGCAACUCCGAUGGCAACUCUAUCCAUUACAACGUCUUCGAGGUGCCCAUUAUUGCCCAAUGGGUGAGGAUCAAUCCCACCAGGUGGCACGAUCGUAUUUCCAUGCGUGUGGAGCUCUACGGCUGCGAUUACAUCUCUGAAAACCUAUACUUUAAUGGCACUGGCUUGGUGCGCUAUGAUCUGAGGCGGGAACCCAUUACCUCCACCAAAGAGUCCAUCCGCUUCCGCUUCAAGACGGCCUUUGCCAACGGAGUGAUGAUGUAUUCGCGUGGCACACAAGGGGAUUACUAUGCCCUGCAGCUUAAGGACAACAAAAUGGUGCUGAAUUUGGAUUUGGGAUCGCGGGUGAUGACCUCCUUAUCGGUGGGCAGCCUGCUGGAUGAUAAUGUGUGGCAUGACGUUGUGAUCUCAAGGAAUCAAAGGGACAUAAUCUUCUCAGUGGAUCGUGUCAUCGUAAGAGGACGCAUCCAAGGCGAGUUCACACGACUGAAUCUUAAUAGGGAGCUGUAUCUAGGUGGUGUGCCCAACGUACAAGAGGGCUUGAUUGUCCAACAAAAUUUCUCCGGCUGCUUAGAAAACAUCUACUUUAAUUCGACCAACUUUAUUCGAGUGAUGAAAGACAGCACUGAACUGGGAGAGGGAUAUCUCUUCACUAGGGUAAACACGAUCUACGCGUGUCCUUCGCCUCCGAUUUAUCCGGUGACCUUCACUACCCGUUCGUCGUUCGUCCGUUUGAAGGGUUAUGAAAAUUCGCAGCGUCUUAACGUCUCCUUCUAUUUCCGUACUUACGAGGAAACUGGAGUAAUGCUGCAUCACGACUUCUAUUCGGGUGGUUAUCUAAAGGUCUUUUUGGAGUUUGGCAAAGUGAAAAUUGAUCUUAAAGUCAAGGACAAAGCGCGAAUCAUUCUGGACAACUACGAUGAUCAGUUCAAUGAUGGCAAAUGGCAUUCGUUCGUUAUAUCCAUCGAAAAGAAUCGCUUGAUUUUAAAUAUUGAUCAGAGACCGAUGACCACAACAAAGAGCAUGCAGGUUGCCACUGGAGCACAGUACUAUAUUGCUGGUGGAAAGGACAAAAAUGGAUUUGUCGGUUGCAUGCGCUUAAUUUCGGUGGAUGGAAAUUACAAAUUACCGCAGGACUGGGUGAAGGGCGAGGAGGUUUGCUGUGGCGAUGAUGUCGUCGUCGAUGCCUGCCAGAUGAUUGAUCGCUGCAACCCGAAUCCUUGCCAGCAUAAGGGACUUUGUCACCAAAACUCCAGGGAGUUCUUCUGUGAUUGCGGACAUACUGGCUACGCCGGAGCUGUUUGCCAUACAUCAAACAAUCCAUUGUCCUGCUUGGCUCUCAAGAAUGUCCAGCAUGUGCAGCAGCGUGUGAACUUGAAUCUCGAUGUGGAUGGCAGUGGUCCCCUAGAACCUUUCCCAGUGACCUGCGAGUUCUACUCGGAUGGACGCGUGAUUACCACCCUCAGUCACAGUCAAGAGCACACCACAACAGUAGAUGGUUUUCAGGAGCCUGGCUCCUUUGAGCAGUCCAUCAUGUACGAUGCCAACCAACUGCAAAUUGAAGCUCUGUUGAAUCGGUCUCAUAGCUGCUGGCAGCGCCUGAGCUACUCCUGCCGCUCCUCCCGACUCUUCAACUCGCCAUCUGAGGCCGGAAAUUUCCGUCCCUUCUCUUGGUGGAUAUCUCGCCACAAUCAACCGAUGGACUAUUGGGCUGGAGCUCUACCUGGCUCUCGUAAGUGCGAAUGUGGAAUUCUGGGCAAGUGUCACGAUCCCACAAAGUGGUGCAACUGCGAUUCGAACAGUCUGGAAUGGAUGGAGGAUGGUGGUGAUAUCCGGGAGAAGGAAUACCUUCCCGUGCGAGCUGUGAAGUUUGGCGACACUGGAACUCCGUUGGACGAGAAAAUGGGUCGCUAUACUCUGGGACCGCUGCGCUGUGAGGGCGAUGAUCUGUUCAGUAAUGUGGUGACCUUCCGCAUUGCCGAUGCUUCUAUUAACUUACCACCAUUCGAUAUGGGUCACUCUGGAGAUAUUUAUCUGGAAUUCCGUACCACACAAGAGAACUCUGUGAUCUUCCAUGCUACCGGACCUACAGAUUACAUUAAGCUAAGUCUCAAUGGCGGCAACAAAUUGCAAUUCCAGUAUCAGGCGGGAAGUGGUCCACUGGGCGUUAAUGUGGGCACAAGCUAUCACCUGAACGACAACAACUGGCACACGGUUAGUGUCGAGCGCAACAGGAAGGAGGCUCGUCUGGUGGUUGAUGGUUCUAUCAAGGCUGAGGUUCGAGAGCCGCCGGGUCCAGUGCGUGCACUUCACUUAACAUCGGAUCUGGUGAUUGGCGCCACUACUGAGUACCGCGAUGGUUACGUAGGAUGCAUUCGUGCACUGCUGCUGAACGGAAAGAUGGUUGACUUGAAGGAAUACUCCAAGCGUGGAUUAUACGGCAUCAGCACCGGUUGCGUGGGUCGCUGUGAAUCAAAUCCAUGCCUAAACAAUGGUACUUGUAUCGAGCGAUACGAUGGCUACAGCUGCGAUUGCCGUUGGAGCGCAUUCAAAGGACCUAUUUGCGCAGAUGAGAUUGGUGUCAACCUACGCUCCAGUUCGAUUAUUCGCUACGAGUUCGAGGGUUCCUUCCGCUCCACAAUUGCCGAGAACAUUCGCGUCGGUUUCACCACCACCAUUCCGAAGGGAUUCCUGCUUGGCUUCUCUUCCAACCUAACUGGCGAAUAUUUAACUAUUCAAAUAUCGAAUUCUGGUCAUUUGCGUUGUGUAUUUGAUUUCGGUUUCGAGAGGCAGGAAAUCAUAUUCCCCAAAAAACAUUUUGGCCUGGGUCAGUACCACGAUAUGCACUUUAUGCGCAAGAAUGGUGGAUCCACAGUGGUUUUGAAGGUUGACAACUACGAGCCGGUCGAGUAUAAUUUUGAUAUUAAGGCCUCAGCGGAUGCUCAAUUCAACAAUAUCCAGUACAUGUACAUUGGCAAAAAUGAAUCUAUGACAGAUGGCUUUGUGGGUUGUGUGUCGCGAGUUCAAUUCGAUGAUAUCUAUCCACUGAAGCUGAUGUUCCAGCAGAAUCCUCCCAAGAAUGUCAAAUCAUUGGGCACUCAAUUGACUGAAGAUUUCUGCGGAGUGGAGCCAGUUACGCAUCCGCCCAUUGAAAUCGAGACUAGGCCACCACCCUUGGUGGAUGAGGAGAAGUUGCGCAAGGCAUACAAUGAAGUUGACUCUGUGCUGUUGGCAUGUCUGCUUGUGAUUCUCUUCCUGCUGCUGAUCCUUAUGUUCUUCCUUAUCGGUCGCUAUUUGCACCGACACAAAGGCGACUACCUGACGCACGAGGAUCAGGGUGCCGAUGGAGCUGACGAUCCAGACGAUGCUGUCCUGCACUCAACUACUGGCCAUCAAGUCAGGAAGCGAACAGAGAUCUUUAUCUAAACCGGUCGCAAGAAUAUGCACAUAAAUCGUUUUUAAAUCGCCUUAGGCACGCAACAGCGACCACUCAGACACACCAAAAGAUAAAAAAAAAAUAGAUGAGAACGAAGUGAAAAUCAAAUAGACACGGAAAAGGCUCACCACGCAUAACAGACAGAAAAUACUUUUCCAUGCACUGCCAAUUGUUUUGCGCAAGUAAAUGCUAAGAUUUGAUUUAUAAUUGGUUGGCUACAUUUUGCACUUAUGUUUUUUUUUUUAGUCUUUGGUUCUGUCUGACGGCAUUAUUGAAAUUUCUUCUAUCACAGAAUACCGUCCAUUUUUAGUUAAUUUUAUGAACUUUUUGUUUGCAAAAUUGAGUUAAAAACUUAUUUAAGGGAGCUGCCCGAGUAGCUCAACAAAAGCCACCUAUUUUAUGUAUUUCUAUUGCGCGAGUAUGUAAGAACGAACAUUCCAUUAUUUUUAAUAUGUUUUCUCGCUUUACGUUUAAUUUAAAAAUGUCUUCUACUUUACACACAAAAGAACAUGAAAAUCAUUUUGUGGCUAAACAAAAUCGGCUACUUUAGUAACACAAAGCAUUAAAAACAAAUUGUAUUUUUGGAAAAUGCAUUUUGAACGUCUUGACUUGAAAUUUUCAAAUAUACAUUAGCAUGUGUAUAUAGAUAUAUAUAGCAAUAAAAAAAUAUAUAUAAUUACAAAAAAGAGACAAUGAAAAAAUUAAAAUUUUUAUCUUUCAAUAAAAGAGAACUACAAAU